UAGAGUGGAGUCCUCCAGAGUAGACGAGUCGCAGAUUCCAAAGCAGCGAGCGCGGCCAGAGCGGCCCCUCGGGGGCGGGCACUUCCUGGCAGCGGCGGCGGCGGGAGAAUUCGAUCAUGGCCGCGGCCGCCGCCGCGUCAUCCCGGCGCCGCCGCCGCCCCCGGGCCCACCCGAACCCGCUGUUCGCCCGCUGGCUCCGGGAGUGGCGGGACGAGGCGCAGGGAACGUGGGCGAGGGGCGCCUACGAGAGGGCCCUGCGCUCCCUGGCGCUGUUCCCGCUCCCGCUCCGUUCCGGCCGUGCCGCCGCCAUCUUGCAGCACUUUGGCCCCGCCCUCUGCGCCCGCCUCGACCAACGGCUGCGGCAGCACCGGAGAGAGCAGGGGCUCCCCCCCACGCCCCCUCCUCCGCAAGGGCGGUGCCCGGCCCCUCCCCCAGCCCCACCCAAGCGCCGCCCUCGGCACCUCCGGCCCCUCCCCCGCUCCGCGGGCCACGCCCUGCUGCAGGUGCUGAGCCAGAGCCCGGAGCCCCUCCCGGAGGCGGAGCUGCUGCAGCAGGCCCAGCCCCUCUGUGACCACGCCCUGGGACAGGCAGCUCUGGCUCCGCUCCUGCGCCGGGGCCUCGUCCAGAGGAGCGGCCGCCCCCCCCGGUACUCGCUGACCCCGAGGGGGCGGAGUCUCGCCGAGGCCCCGCCCCCCGGGCAGGUGCGCCCGCAGCGCCCCCUGGCGGAGCAGGAGGAGAACUGCGCCCCCUCCCCCACACCGUGCGACCCCGAGCAGGAAUUUGAGCUGCGCCCGGGCGAGUUCGACAUCGUCCUGUGCGCCGACGUCACCGAGGCCAACGGCCCUGCUGGGGGGGUUCCGGCUCUGCUCCGUUCCCGGGGGGUUCCGCUGCUCCUGCGGCGCCUCCACGUCGGCGACUUCCUGUGGGUGGCGCGCGAGAAGGACCCGCCCACAGGCCGCGCCCCCCGGGAGCUGGUGCUGGACGUGGUGGUGGAACGGAAAUCGGCAGCGGAUUUGGGGAACAGCGUCCGGGACGGGCGGUACCACGAGCAGAAGUUCCGGCUGCGUCGUUCCGGGCUGCGUUUUCCCGUUUAUCUCCUGGAGGAGCCGGGGGAGGGGGAGCCGCUGCCCCUCCCCCUCCCCACCCUGCGCCAGGCGGCCGCCAACACCCAGGUGGUGGACGGGUUCCUGGUGACGCGAACGAGGGACCCCCAGGACACGGCGGCGUAUUUGGGGGUGCUGGGGGAGCAGCUGAGGAGAAGAUUUGGGGGCCGGGUGCUGCGGGCGUGGGGGGGGGCUGUGACCGCCCGGGGACCCCCCGAGCCCCCCGGGACCCCCCUGGCCCUGCUGCCCUUCCAGAGGCUCCGCGAGGGGGGGGGCAAGAACCAGGCCCAGACCGUGGGGGCCGUGUUCGCCCGGCAGCUGCUGCAGCUGGGGGGGCUCAGUGGGGGCAGGGCCGGGGCCGUCCUGAGCCGCUUCCCCACCCCCGCCAGCCUCAUGGCCGCCCUGGGCCCCUCCCAGGACCCCCAGAAGUGCCGGGAGCUGCUCAGUGCCCUGCGCUGCGGGCCCCGCCCAGAGGAGCCUGGGCCCCUCCCUCAGCGGGGCCCUGGUGCGGCUCUACGGGACCCCGGGGCCACUGGCCUGAGGGGACAGCGCUGUCACCUCCAGUGUCACCUCGGUGCCACCUCUUGUCACCCCCUGUGUCACCCCUGUCACCUCCAGUGUCACCUCAGUGUCACCCCAUGUCACCCCCUGUGUCACCCCUGUCACCUCCAGUGUCACCACUGUUACCCCCUGUGUCACCCCGGUGAGGAGGAGGAGGAGGAGGAAGCGCGAUGCUGGUGGCGCUGGUGGCGCUGGUGGCCGUGGCGGCGGGGGGGGACACGGGGGUCCUCCCGACCCCCCCGUGCCCGCUGGGUUUCGGGCCGGUGGCGGCGGGGGGCUGCGGGGACAGGGACGAAUGUCGCACGGCCGCCGUGUGCCACCACAUGUGCCUCAACCACCACGGCGGCUUCGCCUGUCACUGUCACCGCGGCUUCGUCCUGCAGCCCGACGGGGUCACCUGCCGCCGCCGCCGCCGCCCCCCCGCCCGGGGGACACCGGCACCGGCCCGCGACCCCUCCCCGGGGGCUCGGGGGACACCGGGGACAACCCGCGACCCCUCCCCAGGAGCUGUGGGGACACCGGGGACAACCCGCGACCCCUCCCCAGGAGCUGUGGGGACACCGGGGGCAACCCGCGACCCCUCCCCAGGAGCUCGGGGGACACCGGGGACAACCCGCGACCCCUCCCCAGGAGCUCGGGGGACACCGGGGACAACCCGCGACCCCUCCCCAGGAGCUGUGGGGACACCGGGACCGGCCCGAGCGGAGCCGGGGGUGGAGAGCCCGGGACCGGCGGCGGGACGGGACGGGAGGAGGCGAAGGCUCGCAGCGGGAUUUGGCGGCGGAGCUGAACCGCGGCUCGCAGGAGGAUUCGGAGCGGGAUCGGUACCGGGAUUCCCUGCAGGAUCCGCAUCCAGGCUCGCACCGGGAGAGACACCGGGAUUUGCCCUCGGGAUGGCACCGGGAGCCGCGGCCGGGGCAGCACCGGGACUCGCACGGGGAUUGGGACCGGGAUUGGGACCGGGAUUCGGACCGGGAUCCUCGCCAGGUUCUGGACCGGGAUUCGGACCGGGAUUCCCAGGAUUUGCCCGUGGAGCGGCACCGGGGCUCGCACGGGGAUUGGGACCGGGAUUGGGACCGGGAUUCCCGUCAGGAUUUCCAUGAGCAUUCCCAGCCCAGCCUUCAGCGGGAUUUGCACCGGGAUCUGCCCGAGGAUUCCCGGGAGGAUUUGCCCCCGGGAGGGCACCGGGAUUUGCACCGGGAUUUGCGGCCAGAGCGGGGCUCGCACGAGGAUUCCCACCGGGAAUGGCAGCAGGAUUUGGACCGGGACCGGGAUCCCGGCUGGCUCGAGGAUUUCCGGGAAGCUUCGCACCGGGAUUUGCACCGGGACUCGGACAGGGAUGGGGGCUUGGGAGCGCCCCGGCACCGGGGCUGGCACCGGGAUUCGCACCGGGAUUCCCUCCAGGAUUCCGUCCGGGAUUCGCACCGGGAUUCGCACCGGGAUUCCCUCCAGGAUUCCCUCCGGGACCCCGCCCCCGCCGGUGACACCUCCCCCGUGCCCCCCUAUGGGGACGAGGACCCCGAUCCUUACGGGGACCCCUACGAGGACCCCGAGCCGCAGCUCUGGGACCCCGACACCUACGGGGACCCCUAUGGGGGCCCGGCCCCCCCCUACAGGGCCGAGGACCCCCGGGAGGGGCCGUGGGACCCCGAAACGGAGCCCUGGGACCCCGACAUUUAUGGGGACCCCUACGGGGACCCGUACGAGGAUGAGGAGACUGAAGAGGAGCCCUGGGACCCCGCCCCGCCCCCCUCGGACCCCUACAGGGACCCCGAGCCCGGGAGCCUCCGGAGGGGCCGGGACCCCCAAACCCGGCCCUGGGACCCCCAGAGUGUGCCCGGGGACCCCCAAACCCGACCCUGGGACCCCCAGAGUGUGCCCGGGGACCCCCAAACCCGACCCUGGGACCCCUAUGGGGAUGGGGACCCCCAGAGUGUGCCCGGGGACCCCCAAACCCGGUCCUGGGACCCCUAUGGGGACCCCUACAGUGAUGAGGACCCCCAGGAUGACCCCAGGGACCCCCAUGAGGUCCCCAAGGCCAAGCCCUGGGACCCCCCGAGGGACCCCAAAGGGCUCAGCCCCUCCCCCAGGCCCCAAGGGAGCCCCCAAAUCGCCUCCUUCGCCCCCCAGCAUCCCCCGAGUUCCCCCCCAGUUGCCCCCCCAGAAUCCCAGUUGCCCCCAGUUGUCCCUGCCGAGGACUCCCCAGUUAUCCCAGUUACCCUCCCAGUUACGCCCCCAGUUGUCACCCCCAGAGUCAAGGACCCCCCAGUUGCCCCCGUGACCCUCCCAGUGGCCCCAGUGACCCUCCCAGUGGCCCCAGUGACCCUCCCAGUGGCCCCCCCAGUGGCCCCAGUUGCCCCCAGGCCCCCUCCCAGUGGCGGCUCCCUGAGGCUCGGGCUGGUGUUCGCGCUGCCGGUGGCACUGGGAGGGGCACUGUGCCACCAGUCCAGCCCGGAUGGGGCGGAGGGGGAGGAGCGAAUGCAAAUCCCAGCGCUCCGUUCACCAAUCACUCCGAAGGUGCGGAACGUCAAAGCAGGCGGGGAUAAAGGCGGGGUUAUGCAAAUAACAAACACAGCGACCCCGAAAGGCAUCACGGGAGAAAAAUUGGGUCAGAAUUCGGGGGUUUCGGGGCUCGGCGUGGGCGGAGCGCGGGAGCGAAGCGCGGAGCGGCUGCGGAAAAGCUCCCGGAGCGGCUCGGGGCGGCUGCGGGGGCGGCGCGGGGGUGACCCGGGAGCCGCUCCCGGCACCGCGUUCGGGGCCGCUCCGAGGAGCGAAGGCGAUCGGGAGCGGGACGGGGUCGAUCUGUUCGGGAUAAACCCCCGGGAGCGCAGCGGGAGCCGCGGGACACGGCGGGAGCGAGGCCGGGCGGCGAUGGCGGAGCUGUGGGCGCCACAGAACCGCGUUAGAGCGGCAGUGGAGCUGCGAUAG